UCUAUGGGCGAUCCCGACGUGAGCUAAACUCGCAAGCGCUUCCAUAGAAUAUUCUUAGUCUAUUCCCAGUCCACCGAGGGCCGGUUUUCCCUACCCAAUGGAGGAAAUUGGAAUGGAGUCUCUCAGACACUAUGGUCCUACUAGUGAUUUAUCGUUAUCGCUGAUUGGAAGCUGCAUCGGAUUAAUAAUUAUUACUAUGGGACUGACUGCCCUUAGCCUCCGCGGCAGCAGAGAUAGGGGGCAAGCCAGUUCCGGCAAUCCAAUCGCUUUCGUAAACUCGAAUGCGAGUAACUAUCAACAAGCGUGCAGAGGAAGUGCAAUGCCAGCAGGGCGAUGUCCGAAUGUGCUCCGUUAUGGAGGACCAUGCUGUCGUAUGCGCGGGGUGCAGAAGGGGAUUAAACUGGCUAGAAUCUCUUAUUUACAUUACAAUAGUGGAUAGCUACGAUCAACCGCCUGAAUUCCUCUUUUUUAGCUCUUCCAACCCUUUCCUGGCCAAACCCUCGUGGUCACGGGCUUCUCG